UGAUCCUCCAAAGAUCAGUGUUCGGUACUCAAUUGGAAGUUUAGUGUUAAGCGACAAAAAUCGUUCCGGUAACACCGAAGUCCAAUCUGAAGCAAAAGUGUGAAUCCAAGAAAAUAACAAAAAUGUACUCGAAAAUGAUUGCUGUUUUGGCGUUUGCCGCCGUUGCUGUUGCUGCUCCACAGCACCAGGAAGCUGCCCGAUUCCCAGCUGGAGUGGAUCCGGCUGCUUGUCCAUCAUACCCCAACUGCGACAACGCCGCCCUGCACAACCCACAACCACAAAACAAUCACGCUGCUAACCACUGGAACCCGAACUGGAACGCUCAGCCAGCUGCCCCAUCCUGGAAUGCUCAGCCAGCUGCCCCAUCAUGGAACCCUCAGCCAGCUGCUCAUUCGUGGAACCCACAGCCUGCUGCUCCAGCGUGGAAUGCUCAGCCAGCCGCUCCAGCAUGGAACGCUCAGCCAGCCGCUCCAUCCUGGAACGCUCAGCCAGCCGCUCCAGCAUGGAAUGCUCAACCACACUGGAAUUCCUUCCCAGCUGUUUCAGGACCAGCUAAUAAUCACUUGGCUUCCGCUCCAGCUCCAACUGCUGGUGGUGACAAGUACCCAGCCGGUGUGAACCCACAAACCUGCCCCAACUACCCAUUCUGUGAUAACUCUGCCCCAGCUGGAGCCCAACAGGUUGCCCCUCUGCCAGGAUACACUGAACGCCAGUACCCCGCCGGAGUGUCCCCACACAGCUGCCCAAACUUCCCAUACUGUAACUAAACUUCUGUGAUAAGCCAUUCUGACCUCAACUUGAAAUCUUGACCCUUUAGACUAUCCGUUUACCUAUUGCUAAACUCAUGCUUUAUGCUACCUACCUUUCCGAAUACUCAACUAACCUCCAGUCCCAUUGGGGUUGACAUUGUGCCAAUGCUAACCCAACUCCCAACAUACUGCCAUGUUUGUUUCGUGUAAAUACUGUUUCAUGAAUAGUACGUGAUUCACCGUUAAAGUUGUGCAUGUGUAAUGAUAGUGUUCCUUUUGAGUCACUUUUUUGUUUUUGUGUGAAAAAGACAAUGAAUAUAGAUGAAAUUAAAUGCAAUUUUGAUAUUUAAAUAU